UCUUAAAUCACAAUUCACAUGCUUUUCUUCUGUAAUUACAAAUACCCACUACAUUGUAAUCAUUAAUAAAACGAACACGGCACGAAGAACGAACAUACAUACAUACUUCCAUCAGAGAGAGAGAGAGAGAGAGAGAGAGAGGGGAGAAAAAGGGAAAAACUUCCCCCGUGGAAGAGAAAUGGCGAUCGGAGAAGAAUAUCCUCCGUAGUCUUCAGGUUGAGGAGGGGGGAAGUUGGGGGGAGACGGGUGGAGGGCUUGUGUCUUGAGGACUGAUGUUUUCUUGGUGGAGAGGAGGAGAAAUGGACUUGUGGAAAAGCUGGUGUGGUAAAUUUGCAGAGAGUUGGAUCUUUGGUUCGGGAUAUGAACGAGCCUUGUAUUUCACAAACGCGGAUAAAGGUUGCUGUAAAAACUGUAUCAUUUCCUCGAGUUUCUAAUGCACGGGUCCGCAAAAUGCUUAAGCCAGAAAAGUGGCAGGCGACUUUCGAUAGCGAUGGAAAGAUUUCUGGUUUCCAGAAAGUGCUCAAAUUAAUUAUUUUAGGGGGAAUUGAUCCAUCUAUUCGAGCUGAAGUUUGGGAAUUUCUUCUUGGCUGUUACGCAUUGAGCAGCACUUCGGAGUAUCGUAGGCAACUCAGGGUAGCUCGCAGGGAACGCUACACUGAACUGCUCAAGCAAUGUCAGAUGAUGCAUUCGAGUGUGGGAACUGGCUCGCUUGCCUAUGUAGUGGGGUCUAAAGUUAUGGAUAUGCGGAAAUCGUAUAGAAAUGAGGUGGCAAAGGAUGGUACAGCUGAAAGCAGAGAAGGUUAUGUAGAUGAUACUGAUAAUACUGAGAAUCACGGUGAUUGUAGAUAUGAUUGUACUGAUACAUCUCAUGCGCACAGAAGGGGAAGCUCUAGUGAGUCAGUUGACCUUGUAAAGGGAAGAGAAAGUCCUGAUAGCCCAGCAUAUGACACUUCCCCGUCUGCACCUGCAUCCCCCAAUCCGUAUAUUGCUGACAGGUUUUUUGAUUUCCCCCCUUUACCCGUCACAGAUUUGUUUGGGAGAAGUAGUUUAGAUAAGAAAGGGUUUUCUACUCCUGAUGAAGAAGCUGCAUUGCAAAGCGAAACAAGAUUUGAGAAUGCGGUUGUGCACAGUUUUCGAAUUGAUAGCAACAGCGAUAUAGUUAUAGAACCACACGAAUCCACUUCUAGCAAUGAGAAUACUUUCAUUAAUUCGGAAAUCGAAGUGAUGCAUCCGGACUCUGUUGGACCACCAUCACGUUCCUGUUGCGCAGCAGAAAUAGUCGAUGGUUUGAGAGUAUCAGAUGUCCCGGAAGUCCCAUCAACAAAGGGUUCCCCAUCUUGUGGUGAACCUGUCAGAGAAGUUAGAGUGUCUGAAUGGCUUUGGACAUUGCACCGCAUAGUUGUUGAUGUGGUAAGAACGGAUAGCCACCUCGAGUUCUAUGAGGAUCCAAGAAAUCUAGGAAGAAUGUCAGAUAUCCUAGCGGUUUAUGCUUGGGUUGAUCCUGCAACGGGUUAUUGCCAAGGUAUGAGUGAUUUAGUGUCCCCUUUUGUGGUUCUUUUUGAGGAUAAUGCUGAUGCCUUUUGGUGCUUUGAAAUGCUCAUAAGAAGAAUGCGUGCAAACUUUCAGAUGGAGGGACCGACUGGAGUUAUGAAACAGUUGCGAUCACUGUGGCAGAUACUGCAACUUACAGAUAAAGAAAUUUUUUCUCACCUAUUACAUAUUGGUGCUGAAAGCCUUCAUUUUGCGUUCCGGAUGCUAUUAGUACUUUUCCGACGGGAGUUGCCUUUUAACGAGGCUCUCAGGAUGUGGGAGAUGAUCUGGGCUACUGAUUUUGAUGAGUCUGUCGCUGGAACUUUGGAGAGUGACUGCUUAGAGCCCUUGGUAGUUGAGCUUCCAAGGCAGUCUGGAGAAGUUGUGGGAGAAAACAUAGAUGAUGCAAGUUCAAAGACCGAACCAAUUUCAAAGAGUGGGCCACUUCCAAAGAGCAGCCCAUUGUUAAUGAGCGGUCUGUCGUCAAAGAGCGGUCUGCUGCCAAAAAGUGGUCCGUUGCCAAAGACUAGUCCAAUGUCUGAUGCUGCUGCCGUGAAGUCAGAUUCUGCAUAUCAUUUCUGUGGCUUGACAGGGAGGUUGUGGUCAAGGAACGAGAGAUCACAAGUCUCUUCUUUAGUGUCAUCAUUCAGGAAAGGGGAUGAUGAGCUUCCUGUCUUCUGUGUUGCGGCGAUUUUAAUCAUGAAUCGGCAUAAGAUCAUGAAAGAAACCUGUUCAAUUGAUGACAUGAUAAAUAUUUUCAAUGAUAAGCUGCUGGUAAUUCGUGUGAGAAGAUGCAUUCGCUUAGCCAUCAAACUUCGUAAGAAAUACGUGUACAAGAAUCAGCUAAGCAAGAAAAAGAGCCAGAAUCAAUCUAGGAACCACAACAAGGAACAAAUGCAGAAUGAAACCAAGAUAGAGAUUCAAACCCAGGAGGAGAUCCAGAGCCAUGAUGGGAACCAGGGGGUCAUCUUCACAUAACUAGGUCAUCUUUGAGUGCGGGUUUCCAAGAAGUUCCAAGAUCCGUGCCUACAUCAUGUUUGCCGACGACAUUUUUGAGGCACAGGGAGAUAGAGAUGGAGCCGGAGUUUGCGAGUAAAAGUUCAGCCGUUUGGGAAUUCACCCGGGACUCGUAAGUUAUAACCAGAGGUGUAGGCAAAUGAAACUUGACCCUUGUCUCUAGUGCGGGAAGAUAUAUAUAUAUAUAUAUAUAUAUAUAUUUUGGUUGAUUUUAUUUUGCGUGAAUGUCAGGGAUGUUAUAGAAGCACACGAAAGUACUAAGAACUACAGUGGUUUAUAGAGAGGCUUUCUGGGCAACGGUUGUGGUUACAUGUAAUGAACUGAGUAUACGCCAAAUACGGUGCAGAGAUUUACUUGUGAAACCAGCCUUUAGAAUUUUUUUAAAAAAAUUUGGUUUUUUUUGAAAAUUUUAUAAAAUUGGAUUCGAUUUCGAAGAAAAUUUGGUUGAAUUUUGAAUGGUGGGAAAAGACGUUAGAGCAGACGAACGGGAAUCAAAUUCGUAAAUACUUGACGAAAUUAAACCGGAUU